UCCGCACCCAAUGAUGGACAACUCGGACAAUUUACAAAUGACGACAGACUUCACACACAACUUCCGUAUCACAUGAGGGCACGCACUGGGCACGUGUGCGCUAACCCGCGGCAUAUGGGCAGUUGGUCUAUCUAUGCCCGACAUAGGGUUCCCGCGGAUCCACAGCAUGGCUCUCUAUUCUCCCAUGGCCGGGACCGACUAUUCGUGUCUCUCAUCUACACUUGUUCCGCUUCGAUUAUAGAGUAAAUCGCUGGGGUGAAUCUAUUCUCGUGAUCUCAACCCCAGUGACGGAGGGCAUCGCCCGACGAAACCAUAUGGUUAUCCAUACUUGCAGAUAAGCGGAAGGACGGCAAAGUGCUGAUUUACUCGAUGCCAUGACUGUGUCCCAAGUCCCGGGCGCACGAUUGUCAUCUCCAUCGCCUGUUCUCUUUCCUGUCUGCAAUGUCGCCUACUGCCACGAUCGUGCACGACGGACAUGAAAGUUCUGCGACGGAGAAGGAUACGACGGCGUCCCGCGGCUCAACCAGCACGCCCCCCGGUGAUACGAGCACACCUGCAACGUCGGGGAAGAGCCGCGCAUUCUAUAUGAGCUUUAUGGCGAUCAUGGUCACGACGUUCCUGAGUGCACUGGAUCUGACUGCAGUUGGGACGGCGCUUCCGACUAUAGCAGCGGCGCUGAAGGACACCAAGGGUGAAUUCACAUGGGUCGGGUCCGCCUACGCGCUGAGCAGCACGGCGUUUAUCCCGCUCAGUGGGAGUAUGGCCGACGCAUUUGGCAGGCACGUUCGUCGAAGCUGUCGCCGUAUCUCAUGUCCUUCAUCUCCAUGCGUGCAGGAGGCCCGUCCUGUUGAUUUGUAUCGCGCUCUUCGCGAUCGGAAGCGCGUUGGCCGGCGCAGCCCAGAACAUGUCGAUGAUGAUCGCAGCCAGGAGUGCGCACUUUUUUUUCGAAUCGGCGGCGGCGGAAUCCUCAAUCUAACUGAGAUUUUGAUCGCAGACCUGGUCCCUCUGGCUGAGCGGGGACUGUAUCAAGGUCUAGUUGGUUUGAUGUGGUCUUUGGCAUCUAGUAUCGGGCCUCCCAUCGGUGGUGCAUUGGCCAGCAGAGGAAACAAAGCCUGGCGUUGGCUCUUCUUCCUCAAUCUUCCUCUGACCGGCCUCGCUUUCCUUCUGGUCACGAUCUACCUUAACGUCAAGACUCCACCCGGCACUGUGAAGGAAAAACUAGCGAAGGUGGACUGGCUUGGCAAUGCGAUGGUCAUUAUCGGCUCCGGACUGGUGAUCAUUGGGCUUACCUGGGGUGGAAUCCGGUACCCCUGGAGCUCCGCGCCAGUUCUGGUGACUUUGAUUCUGGGGGUGCUGUUCCUAUUCGCGUUCGGGGUCUAUGAAGCAACAGUGCCUGAGAGACCGACUAUCCCGCUCGAUGUCAUCGGCAAUCGCACCUCUUUGAGCGGGCUACUAACCACUGCGGCUCACGGGAUUGCGAGCUUGGCCAUCAUCUACUAUCUGCCCGUUUUCUUUCAAGCAUGCUUCGGUGCCUCGCCUAUCCGGUCUGCGGUGGACUUUCUCCCCGGUGCCCUUCUCACUGCUCCCUUCGCACUGAUUGCCGGUCUCCUGAUCAUGGCUGGAAAGCGAUAUAGAGAAGUGAACUGGAUCGGAUGGAUAUUCAUGAUCGUCGCAUUUGGCUUAAUCAGCACAUUGGAGGCUACUGCUUCUACCAGCCAGUGGGUCGGGUUUCAAGUCGUUGGAGCCAUCGGCACUGGAUUAAUCUUCUCUGCUCCCGUGUUCCCCAUUCUCGCACCACUCAAUCCUGACCGAGCGGGUUCUGCGCUGGCGCUCUUCAGCUUCACCCGGUCGUUUUUCCAGACAUGGGGCAUUGCAAUUGCCGGCUCGAUCUUACAGAAUGAACUGAGCCGUAAUCUCCCGCCGGCUUUCGUAGCCCAGUUCCCACCCCACUACGAAAUCGCAUAUGCAGCGAUCCCUGCGAUCGAUCUCCUCGAUCAACCACUCAAAUCAGAGGUCCAAGCGGCCUUUGCCUCCAGUAUGAGCGUGAUCUGGCAGGUCAUGAUCGGCCUAUGUGGGCUUGGUUUCCUGCUCAGUUUGCUGAUGAAAGAAGUACCGAUGAGUAUGGAUGUGGACGACAGUUAUGCCCUUGAAGAGGAGAAGGUUUCAGACAUAGAGAAGCUGUAG